AGAUCCAUAUCCAAUUUGAAAUUCAAUAUGGAUCUGGUCGCCCCAAUUCAGACGUAACUCGAACGCCGCGACCGCGACACUAUGGCAAUUAGAGGCCCCACUGGCGUCAACAACAACGGCACGGCACACAAGCAAGAAACACUGAUAAGCCAGACGUAGGCAAACAAAUCACGAUUUAGACAGAAAAUGUAUCUUUCAGUGCCAGCGAGAAAGUCAGUUCCGUGUCGACUGGCGUACCAGCUGAAUGCUAUCAUCCGCCCACUGUGCAACAUGGCCACCUAUGAGCAAGUGAAAGACGUGCCCAAUCAUCCGGAGAUCUACUUGAUCGACGUACGAGAGAAGGAGGAACUACGGCAGACGGGCAGCAUUCCAGCCAGCCUCAACAUACCCUUGACCGAGCUGGACAAAGCCUUGUGUCUAGGUAGCAAGGAGUUUAAGAGUAGCUACGGACGGGACAAGCCGGGCAAGGAUUCCAAGAUUAUAUUCUCCUGCCGCUCAGGCAAGCGGGUGCUGGAGGCUGAGAAGAUUGCCAAGGCCCAGGGUUUUUCAAAUGUGGUGAUUUACAAGGGCUCCUGGCUGGAGUGGGCCCAAAGGGAGGGUCUCUAAAUCCAUUAGUUAGAUUUAAAAUUAAUGUACAUAUAAUCAAAAGAAGAAAGUCGAAAUAAAUUUGAGCUUUUUCUACUA